AUGUUGGGAAACUGCGGUCUCUACUGCGCCCGGCUUGUCCGACUUGCAUUAAAUGCCCUCCGAUUACGGUGCGUCACGCAAGUUGUCAUAAUCGACGUAGUUAAUGGCGUGGGUUAUGUCCAUUUGCAGAUCAACGUUGUAAAUCCUACGGAUUUCUUGUGUAAAUACACCAAAACGGCCCAUGGCAACUCUUCUCGGUCCUCGACAUUGUGGCUUACCGCCAAAUUGAGUCGUUCCCGCGCUUACAUUUGGGACCGUACAGUCACCAGGGCCGGGAUUCGUCUACUCAAAUCGACUGUUCCAAAAAUUUCGGAUUAUCCAGCAUUCAUGACACAGGCCUCUGUAAGUCGGUUCAACGGCCGGCUUACUAUUAUAGCUGUUUUAUACCAGCUGCAUCAAAUUACUCCAACCACCAACCAGCGAAGUUCGUUGAAAACCUAA